CCCGCCCGCUUCACUCCCACUCUACUGCCAGCGCCACCAUGAUCGCCACAACGCCUGGAGAAUCCACGCGCAUCCCACCCAUCCACCCCGCGCAUCCACCUCCGAAUCUCUGUGACAGCGCCCCCUUCACCGAAGCACUCGCUGCCACCCUCGCCCGGCGGAGCGGAAAAGGCGGUCUUCUCGCGCUCGACCAGACUUUGCUACACAGCCCUGCGUUCACGCAGGGAUGGAACGCCAUGUUCGGCGCCGUGCGCGAGGGGUUCUCCGUGGAAGCAACCCUGAGGGAGCUCGCGAUAUGUCGCGUGGCCGUGCUAAAUCGGGCCAGGUUCGAGUGGAUCCAGCAUGCGGGUCUGCUGAGGCAAGCGUGGAUCGAGAAGAUAGUCGGCGAGAGUCAGGAGGCAGAGAAGAUGGCGGAUGGACGUUGGCGAGAGAUGGGGAAGAAGCUAGGAAUGGACGAGAUGACGUUCGCUGUGCUCGCAUACACGGAUGCCAUGACAAAGGACGUAGCCGUUCCCGAGGAGAUCUGGGACCAGCUGAAGAAGGCGUUCGCCGACGAGGGAGACAGAGUUGACCAGCUUCUGGUGGAGAUGACGGGUAUCAUUGCCGGGUAUAACUGCGUCUCGAGGUUCUUGGUCGCUGUGGAUGUGGCUGGGAUGAAGGAGUGGAGCUCGAAGACUCAGUAGAUAAGUAGAUGCAUUAUGCACUUCAAAUGCAGCGAUACAUGGACACAUAGAAGGUCAUGGGCUAUC